UCCCCUCUCCCAGUCUCCACUCCACUCCGCACACAAACACAGCACAGCAAGGUGGCUCACGCGCACUCCACUUCUCCCCCCUCUCCCACAGCAGCAGCUUCCAACAAUUCCAUUCCCAACUCCGCCUUUUCCUCCGUUCGUUCCUCCCACCACCACCCUCCCACCCCAUUUGAAAUCGCACCAAAACCCCCGACCUGGCUCCGCGGCUGCCCCCAGGGCAUCCUAGCUUGCGCGCGUAGAUCCCCCAUUCCUCGAUCCGGCCUCGCGGGGGCGGCUCCGGUCGCCGGCGGCCAGAUUCGGGAUCCGCCGGGAGGCCGGCCUGGUGCGGAGGCGAGAGGCGCUGCUGGUCUCUGACUCCAAUCUCGAUUCCUGAUCGGUUGUUGGUUGGGAGUUGGGGAGGUGGUGUGGCGGCGGCGGGUCGUGGCAUGCCGCGCCGGGGCAUUUCGUCGAGCAGGCGGGGGGCGGCGGCGUAAGAUGCGAGGGCGGCUGGCCGGGGGACUGGGGCACCGGGUGGGGGACCGCGUCACGCCGUGCGGCGGCGUCCGCCUGCUCAUGCUGCCGGGCGCCCGGGGCCCUCGGCGACGGGCAUUGGGGCGCGCUCUCCCGGCGGGGUGCUGAGGCGCGCGCGGGCGCGGGCGACCGUGAGCCGCCGGCCGGCCGGCCAUGGGCAACAGCACGUCCCGGGUCGUCGGCUGCUUCGCGCCGGCCGACAAGGCCGGCGUCGACCUCGACUUCCUCGAGCCGCUCGACGAAGGGCUCGGCCACUCCUUCUGCUACGUCCGCCCGGGCGCGGCAGCCGACUCGCCCGCGAUCUCGCCCUCCAACUCCGAGCGCUACACGCUCGACUCCAGCGUCAUGGACUCGGAGACCCGCAGCGGCUCCUUCCGCCAAGAGGCCGCCGAGGACCUGGCUGCUGCCGCCGCCGCCGCCGCGGCUGCCGGGCUGCAGCGGCCCAGCAGGAGCUUCGGCGAGACCACCUUCCGGACCAUAUCGGGGGCCUCGGUCAGCGCUAAUGCGUCCUCCGCCAGGACGGGCAACCUCAGUGUCUCCCUUGCUGGCGAUGUGCAGGAGCCCGCUGCCGCGUUCGAGAGCACCGCCUCCUUCGCCGCUGUGCCCUUGCAGCCGGUGCCGCGAGGGUCAGGGCCGCUCAACACCUUCUUGUCGGGGCCGCUGGAGAGAGGAUUCGCGUCUGGGCCGCUGGACAAAGGUGCCGGGUUCAUGUCGGGGCCAUUGGACAAGGGAGCCUUCAUGUCAGGCCCUAUUGAUGGUGGCAACAGAAGCAACUUCUCAGCACCUCUUUCGUAUGGUCGGAGGAAAGCUGGUCUAGGACAUCUUGUCCAUAGGAUUAGCAGACCCAUGAAAACCGCAUUGUCGAGGACAUUUAGCAGGAACUCACAAAAUCCAGGCUGGGUUCAUAAGUUUCUGUUGCAUCCCAUGGCUCAGCUACCCUGGGCAAGGGAUGCAAAGUCCAGAUCAGAAGGCUCACAGAACGGGUUGGAAGCUGGGCUGCCGGAACCUGAGUAUAAUGUGACAAGGAACCUGCAGUGGGCUCAUGGAAAGGCAGGGGAAGAUAGGGUUCAUGUUGUUCUAUCCGAAGAGCAAGGUUGGCUUUUCAUUGGGAUUUAUGAUGGUUUUAGUGGCCCUGAUGCACCUGACUUUCUGAUGAGCAACCUAUACAAGGCAAUUGAUAAAGAACUGGAGGGUCUGCUCUGGGUUUAUGAAGAAAACUCUGAAAGGAGUGAUCAGGUAUCUACUCAUGAAGAGGGUGAACCAGUUGCUGCUUCUGUGGAUCCUCCUCAUGGUGAUGGUAGUCAGCUUCAGUUUGAUAGUGAGAAACAAGAGCAACUUGGUAAUUUUGAAAAACAUAAUGUAUCAGCUGAAAAGGAUUGUGAUGAAAGUGCCUUGCAAGUUCAGCCAAACUGUACCAGCAGUGAGCAGAAAGAUUUGGCUACACAGGUUUCGAGUAGUCUGGAGUUGGGCGCUGAUGAGAUAGUAGAGGAAACGGCUGAAGCUGAUCUGGCAAAUGAUCUCCAAAGUAGAGAAUCUCACAACUUGAACAGAGGCCUUUCAAGUGCAGAUUUAAACAUUAGCUGUAGCUGUACAGCAGAGAAUAGUGCCUAUUGUGAUAAACAUGCCAAAUUCUUGAAAGAAAACAGAAAGAGCAAGCGUCUUUUUGAGCUACUUGAGAUGGAAUUAUUAGAAGAUCAUAACAGAAGAAUAUCUAAGGCGUCACCAGAGGGAAGGAAAAUGCAGAACUUGCAUAAUACGCUGGCAGGAACUACAGAAGGAAGCUCCAGAAAUGCAGCAGAUAUCUCCAGGUGUUCAUUGGCAGCAACAGGAGAAUGUUUUGAUGAUUCUGAAGAUCUUGGAAGUUCAAGACAUGCUGAUAGUGUACUUGGCGUUAAUCCCAAAGAGUGUAGUGGGUGUUCAGUUUCUACAUCUUCAUCAUUUCACAAACAAACUACAAGAAGAUUUUUAUUUGGAUCAAAGUUGAGGAAGAUGUACAAAAAGCAAAAAUUGUUGCAGAAGAAGUUUUUCCCAUGGAACUAUGAUUGGCACAGGGAUCAACCUCAUGUUGAUGAAAGUGUUAUCCAACCUUCGGAUGUCAUUAGGAGAUGCAAGUCAGGGCCAGUAGAGCAUGAUGCUGUAUUGAGGGCAAUGUCACGGGCACUUGAAACAACGGAGGAAGCAUACAUGGAAAUAGUAGAAAAGGAGCUCGAUAGACAUCCGGAGCUUGCAUUGAUGGGUUCAUGUGUCCUUGUAAUGUUGAUGAAGGACCAGGAUGUAUAUGUCAUGAAUCUUGGGGAUAGCCGAGUUAUCUUGGCACAGGACAAUGAUCAGUACAACAGCUCAAGUUUCUUAAAAGGAGAUUUACGGCAUCGAAACAGGUCAAGGGAGUCACUGGUCCGUGUCGAACUUGAUAGGAUAUCAGAAGAGUCCCCGAUGCAUAAUCCUAACAGCCACCUAAGCAGCAAUACGAAAGCUAAGGAACUCUCCAUAUGUAGGUUAAAAAUGAGAGCAGUGCAAUUGUCAAGUGAUCAUAGCACAAGUAUUGAGGAGGAAGUCUUGCGGAUUAAAGCAGAACAUCCUGAUGAUCCUCAAGCUGUCUUUAAUGAUAGGGUGAAGGGACAGUUGAAGGUUACUCGAGCAUUUGGUGCCGGCUUUCUAAAGAAGCCAGAAUUUAACGAGGCACUACUUCAAAUGUUCCGCAUCGACUAUGUUGGGACUUCACCAUAUAUCAGCUGCAACCCUGCUGUACUUCACCAUCGUCUCUGCACAAAUGACCGGUUUCUUGUACUGUCCUCAGAUGGAUUAUAUCAAUAUUUCAGCAAUGAUGAGGUAGUGUCGCAUGUUUCCUGGUUCAUGGAAAAUGUACCAGAGGGAGACCCUGCGCAAUACCUUGUAGCUGAACUUCUAUGUCGCGCAGCCAAAAAGAAUGGGAUGGAUUUUCACGAGUUAUUGGAUAUCCCCCAGGGUGAUCGCCGGAAAUACCAUGAUGAUGUUUCUGUUAUGGUAAUCUCACUCGAAGGACGAAUAUGGCGAUCUUCAGGAUGAGUGUUGAAACAUGACCUGGUCUGUUCCUUGCAGCCUCACUUAGCGUAGUAAAUUAUCAAUCAGGGAAGGCACCAAUGUGUCGCUGUCUUUAUUUUUCAACUAUGUUCAAUUUUUCGUCUGGCAAUCCAUGUGCGUUUUCUGUCUUCAACAUUUCGGAUUUGCGGUGCAUGCUUGGCCAGUCCGAAUUGACGUAUACAGGUUUUCACUUUUGUUAUUAGGAAAAAAAGGUUCUUUUGGGGGCA